GCCAAGGCCUUGGGCGAAUCGCUCCAGAAGGCGGGUGAUGUUGGAGCGGCUGCCAAGUACCUUGACAUGGCGAAGCAUCUGGAAGCGGCAGCAAAGCCCGUGGUUGUCUCGGACCACACGCGUAUGCAGCAGGCUCACUCCAUGGUGCGCAAGCUGGAGAAGCAAAUGGAGCAGCAGCUGGGCCGUGUCACGAGGCUUCGGGAACAGCUCGUCGAAGCGGAAGCUUCGCUACGUUCGCUUCGUGUUCAUCUCGACCAGGCGGAUUUGGACUACAAGCAGACGCUGGCGGCCUUGCAAGGGCCCCCUCAGCCCACGGGGGAGCGGACUCAGUCGAUUUCUUUCAAGCUCGAGGAUUUGGUGGCAGGCGAUGUGGAUUUUGCCAAGAUCAUCGACUGCAGCCACAUGCUGGAGGAUCUCACGACGGACAAUGAUGUGGACGUGGCCGACCUCGAGCAGUUCCAGAAAAGGAAGGGGGACCUCUCGUCUGGCGCCACCAAGUUGGCCAGGGACCUCUUCGCCCAG